AUGUCAUCUGUGUCCUCAGAGUCAUCAACCCCCAGCCCUGUGGACCUGCUCGUGACUCAGACGGAUGCUCCCACUGCAUGUGUCACAGAGUCAUCGCCUUCCAGCAUGAUGGAGGAAGACUUCCCUAGAUGCAUCAAAUGUAAGACAGAUUUUGAUUCUUCUUGUUCAGGUUCAGUGAGUUCUAACAGUGUUAUUGAUAAGAACCAACACUGUACACCUGCAGAGGUUCAAUGGAUUAGGGGGAGCUUUCAUCAGGGCAAUAAAAGAUUUAAGUACCCAGGGCGUCAGUGUAUGGCCAUUGCUUUAGCAAGCUUGGCUAAACACACAGUCAAGAGUGUAUUUUCGUGGCAAUCAUGUGUUUUGGAUAAAGUUCUUCAUCUAGGUGAUGAGUUGUACACAUUUUUGCGUGAUAACAACAGGAUCGGUGGUACGUCUGAGAUCUUGUGUGUUCCUGAAUUGCCAACCCAGUACGUUUUUGACAAUCAGCAGUUUACAUUUGACUAUGGUAGUGACUAUGUAAGUGGUGUGGUCAAUGUAGUUGCUGGAGAAUUUGUUGAGAAUGGUUGUUACACCUCUCUCCUAGACGGAUUGGAGAGGAUGCUUGGUAAGUAUAGCACGUGCUUACUGACCCUGGGUGGUACUACAUGUGCACUUAUUAGCCAGAACAAUAGAUAUGCUCUUGUCGAUUCGCACGCACGCAGCCGUGCUGGACUGGUCAGUGGUGUUGAGGGCCUCAGUAUAGUUGCAUAUUUUACUCGUGUUAGGGACGUGCACAAGUAUGUAUGCAAUUUGGCCACCUCACUGAAUUCAAGUCACAAAGCAUUUGAGAUAGCUGGUGUGCGUGUGUUUCACGUAGAGCUUGAUGAUGUUCCUGCUGAUGAUGCACAGGUUGUUGUUGUUAAUGAUGAGGCUCCUGAUGAUGUUGUGGCUGUUAGUGGGGAUGGUCCUGCUGAUGUUAUGAUGGGUAGUGGUGAGGAUCUUGUUCAUGACACAGAUGUUGUGUGUGUUAGUGGGGGUGGUCCUGCUGAUGUUAUGAUGGGUAGUGGUGAGGAUCCUGUUUAUGAUACAGAUGUUGUGUGUGUUAGUGGGGAUGGUCCUGCUGAUGUUAUGAUGGGUAGUGGUGAGGAUCCUAUUUAUGAUACAGAUGUUGUGUGUGUUAGUGGGGAUGGUCCUGCUGAUGUUAUGAUGGGUAGUGGUGAGGAUCCUGUUAAUGAUACAGAUGUUGUGUUUGUUAGUGGGGAUGGUCCUAAUGAUGUUGUAGUUGGUAGUGUUGAUGAAGCAGAUGUUGUGUUUGUUUGUGAUGAAAUUUGCAAACAGCUGCAAUUUGAUCCCCUCAGUAAGGAGAUUGCCCAGUCAGUUUGUAAACGGGUAAAUGUUGAGUUUGACAUGGUUGAUAAGGUAGUGUUUCCAGGAAUAGGGUUGUUAGGGUCUCCUUGUAAAAAGGAGAACAUAGUGGCUGAUGGGAACUGUUUCUUUAGGGCAGUGUCUCUAGCUGUUAGUGGAACACAGAAAAGUCAUAGAAAGAUUAGACUUGCUGUUGUGAAGCAUCUAGAGAAGAAUGCAUCACAAUACAAUAGUCUUUUGAGAAGUGAGUAUUCUUCGGUGGCAGAUUAUAUCAGGGAGUCAAAAAUGCGUUAUGUUGGCACUUGGGCAACAGAGGUGGAGAUUCAGGCAGCUGCAGAUUGUUUAGGGGUAAAUAUUUUUACAUUGUGUGAUGGUAGAUGGUUAGAAUAUAGCUGUAAGUUUAAUGGUUUGUCUACACAAGGGAUUUAUUUGGAAAAUAGUAAUGGUAACCAUUAUGAAACAGUUGUUUGUGUUUAUGACCUGGAACUGCAGAGAUGUCAUGGUUUGUGUAAUGUGAGUAGUUCUGAUUAUAAGACCAAGGAACGUAUGAAACGUGAGGAUGCAGAAGAGAUUGUGACAAAAAUCAAGAAUGCUUUGUUAGAUGAGCGCAAUGCUAAUGAGGUAGAGCGUUUAGAGUGUGUACAGGAAAAGGAAGACAGAAAGACAGAGCAGGUAGUAGAGGAUGAUGAUGCUGUCAAUAUUCCAGACUUGGCUGUGAGUACGGAGAAGACCCGCUUCUCUGUGUUUGCUGAUGACCUCUGCCUGACCCCAGACCAUCUCUACCUGGUUGAUUCAACCACUCUCUCAGCUCUGCAAUAA